AACAACAACAAGAACAUGAAAAGGAAUUGCAAUCUUGAACUCCGCCUCUUCCCUGUUACGGUCGAUCCCAAUCCCGAUCCCGAUCAAACAAACGAGUACCAAUCAUUGGAAGAGCCCAGUAAAAGCACUGGACACGAACAACAACAGCUCACAAUUUCGUCUAUCAAUGGAAAAAUUCGCGUUUCUGAUGUUUCAGAGCUUCAGGGCAGAGCAAUAAUAUCGGUGGUAACAAGAGAAAUUGGGGAAAGAGUGAAAACUGACCUAAUUAGCAGUAGAUGCAAUGAGAUUAGUAAUCUUUCAACGAAGAUGUCGCUGCAACGAUUUCUCCAGAAGCGAAAGUGCCGGAUCCAAGCUACUUCCCCCUAUCAUCAUUUCAAUCAAUAGCGCCAUUAACAGACCGGCAGUUCGAAAAGUACUCAUCAGGAAGGGAGAGUCUGCGAUUGCUGAUCUCGGAGAAAAUUUGUUGAAGAUUUAGUAAAAUGAUUUUAGAAACAUUUUUAACUUCAUAUUACAUAACAAUUAAAUAGGGAGGGCUGUAAUGUAAUCAAAUAAUUUGUGGAGCAAUACUUACUUUCCUCUCGGUAUAUGUUUUGCACAGUCGAUCAUCUGUCGAGUUUUUGAUGUA